AUGGACUUCGAAAACUGGAGGAGCGAGCUGGAGGUCGGAUGCAUGUACACAUUUAAGUCGGGGAAGAUGCAUAUGACGUUGAACUCGUCUGGAAUCCUGCAGUCGUAUAUUGAGGAGUAUGUGUCGAGAUCGCUCAUUAUGACGCUGGGUGUAAUGCAUAAUAUUCCAAGCAAGCAGUCACAUAUUGGAUUCUCUACAAAAAUAAUAUUGGGUAUUUAAGGCGUCUUUUACUAUUGUU